AACUAAAAAGAAACAAAAAAAAACAAGUCUCAAAAUCAAGAAACAGAGUAUAUACAAAUCAUGCAAGCAACUAUGGAUGUACAACGAAGCCCCAAAAAACCUAAUCAGCACCAAAUGCUGAAAGACAAGCAAGUAAAGGAUCUACUGGUAGACAAAAGAAGGCUAGUGGAGGUUCCAUAUACAGCCACGUUAGCAGAUACAAUAAAUACUCUGAUGGCUAACAAGGUGGUGGCUGUUCCGGUGGCUGCGCCGCCGGGGCAUUGGAUAGGAGCUGGUGGUUCUAUGAUUUUGGAAUCUGAUAAACAAACUGGUGUUGUAAGGAAACAUUAUAUAGGGAUGGUUACCAUGCUUGAUGUUUUGGCUCAUAUUGCUGGAAAUGAUAGUGCUGAUGAUGCUGAUCUUGCUAAAAAGAUGGCGGUCCCUGUUUCCUCUAUCAUAGGACAUUGUAUUGAAAGUCUUAGUUUGUGGACCCUUAGUCCUAAUACUAGCAUUGUGGAUUGUAUGGAAGUGUUUAGCAAAGGUAUACACCGCGCGAUGGUGCCAAUCGAUGGACAAUCAGAAAAUGUAGCUGGUGUUGAGCUCACGGAGUCUGCAUCAUGUUAUCGUAUGCUAACACAAAUGGAUUUGCUAAGGUUUUUGAAUGACUUCCAAGAGCUUAAAGCUAUCAUGUCGCAUAAGGUCUCAGACAACCAAUUGCAAGCAGUCACAGAUUCUGUUUUCGGAGUUACUAAUAAGGCAAAAGUUAUCGACGUCAUCAAAUGUAUGAGAACAGGUUCGCUCAGUGCUGUACCAAUCGUGGAGUCGUCUGAUGACAUGGUAGAAGAUCAUACUCAGCUUGUAAAUGGGAAACAGAGGAAGAUUAUAGGAACAUUUUCGGCGACAGACUUGAGAGGAUGUCCUGUAUGGCAGCUGCAGCCUUUAUUAAAUCAAGGGGUUGUUGAUUUCCUGAAGAUGUUAUCGAAAGCACAAUUCUAUGAAUCUACAGGGCUGAGAUCUUCGUCGAGGGAACUCGUGACUUGCCAACCAGAAUCAUCGCUAGGGGAAGCGGUAGAGAAAGCUGUUUCGAAUCAUGUGCAUCGUGUUUGGGUUGUGGAUGAACAAGGGUUGCUAGAGGGACUAGUGUCUCUCACUGAUAUGGUAAGAGUCAUUCGGCUCUGGUAUCUUGCUGAGUUCUUGCAAUAAUGUGUUCGUAGAUGCUUUGCGGUUUUGUAUCUGCAAUUUCUUUGUCUCGUUAGUGAGUGGGGUUUCGUUUAUCUGUCUCUUUUAUUAAAGAAUCAGUAGUCGCGGUCAAUGUUGAAAAAUAUUACUUAAAUUAUUUUGAUAAAUUUUGAUCGAGCUUGUUUGAACAUUAGAUCGUAUUACUUUAUUAAGUUUCAAUUGUCACAA